GAAGGAGGCUCUGGCUCUGCCUACUGACCAACCCUCAGUUCCUCUCCCACUGGCCACAAGUCAAACAUAUCCAUACCGAGGUUUCAAGUAAGCGUGGCAUAUACUGAAACAAUAGUUCAUCUACUUUUGUAAGUCAAUAGACUGGAUGUUAUUGUCUGAGGUAACUAAAAUCAGUCUUUCUGCAAAAUUUCAUUUGACUGUUUUGACAUCCCUACAUCAGAGACUUUAGCUCAUGGAGGAUGCAAAAAUGGCUGACGAGCACCGUACCUCUUCAGUGAUAAACUUGGUCAGUGACAACAGCAAACAUGGCUACAAGCAACUUGAUGAAGAUGACAGAAAGCCUCAGUUUUCAGGGUAAAGCCAUAGAGAAAUCCAGUUUCUUCCAGAUUCACAUAUCCUCUGAUUGUUCAUGAAUUGAGAAACAACCCUUUCCGUGUUGCGACACUUUGCCUCGGCCUCCUGUGUGUUCUUCUGUUGGCUGGGGUCAUAGUUCAGAGCGUUAACUAUCAAAAAGCGGAGCAAGACCGCCAAAACAAACGAACAGCCAUGAGCAAGGAGAGAGAGGAUCUACAGGUCAGACUGAAGGCUGAGCAAACACAGAAAAGGAGUCUAGAGAUUAUCAAGAGUCAGCUGGAGGACAAGAAUAAUCAAUUAAGUUCAAAGAGAUUUCAACUACAGAACAGUGUCAUGACUCUGACUCAAGAAACCAACAAACUCAAGGCUAGUCAAAGUCAGGUACAGGAUAGUAAUGCUGCUUUGAGCAGAGAGACAGAGCAGCUCAAAGCUAGCAACGACCAGCAACAGCUUAUUAACAAUGCCUUAGCUAAUGAAAAGGACUUGUUACAAAAAGAAUAUGACAUAGUGCUCCAACGCAGAAAUGAGUUACAGACCAAUUACGACUCAGUGACUAAAGAAAGGAACAUCCUGCAGAAUAAAGUCAAUAAUGUAAGCAGAUCAAGAACUGAACUACAGUCAAGUUACAACAACCUGGUGAAGGAUGUCGAACAAUUGCAAGAAAGAUACAACUCCACUUCUAUGAGAAAAGACAAGCUAGUAGACAGUUAUGAAUAUCUAAUAGGAACAAAAGGCAUACUACUGAACACCACUGACAGAAUCAAGAAAUCAAUAGCUGAGCUGGGAAAAACGUAUGGAACAUAUGUGAAGGAACAGCAGGACCUUGAAGUUAGAUGCAGAACUGAAAUACAAGAAAGACAAAGGAUGCAGGUUAAAAAUGACAAUAUAACUGCUGAAAGAGACCAUCUGCAAGGGGAAGUGGAGAGACUGAACGCAACAAUUGAAGGGAAGAAUUGUUCUAAUGGCUGGAGGAGGUUUGAAAACAGCUGUUACUUCACUUCUGUUUUAAAGAAAUCCUGGGCUCAAGCAAGACAACACUGCCAGAACAUGGGAGCAGAUCUGGCAAUGAUUAAAAGUCAAGACAAGAUGAAUUUCAUCAAUGGCCUGUAUAAAAGUGAUAAAGAAGUUUGGAUUGGGCUGACUGAUGAUGGAGUGGAGGGACAAUGGAGAUGGGUUGAUGGAUCACCAUUGGGUGCAACGUUCUGGGGUCCAGGCCAGCCUAACAGUCAUAACGGGAAGAACCAGGACUGUGUGGAGUUCUGGCACCGUCGGACAGGAAAUGGACAAUGGAAUGAUGAAGCGUGUGACAUAACACAAAAUUAUAUCUGUGAAAUUAAUUUCACUGCACAGUAAAAUUAAGCCAAGAGGUUUUCUAGCCGAACUCUGCCAGUACUGAUGUUCACCCGGCUUUUUCUUUGGUUGUUCAAUACUUGGAGAAAGAUUUUUACAGAAAACGUCAGGUUGAUUUUGUUUUUAGAGGAAAAAGGGAAAAAAUAGGGACAAAGAAUCAGAAAGAGGUUUUAUUGCUCAGUACAUUUUCACAUACAAGGAAUCUGACUUGUUUGGUGCAAAACAAGUAACAUAGAGGCAGAACAAAAGUAUUACAAUGUUAAUGAAAAAAAAAAAACAUAAAAUAUUAAGGGGUUUGACUUGAUUGUUAUAGAAAAAAAAUUAUAAAAGCAAAAUAAAAAAUAUAACAUCACAAAGAGAGAAGAGACUGUACAGAUGUGCAGGUUUACUGAUCAGCUUAUAGUGCUUUUUUUCUAAAUGAGUGUAGCACAUACAUUUUGCAGUGAGAGACAGACAGUGGAGAUAAGUCCAGUGUGAGUAAAUGUAACACAUAAGUCUGUAUAAACAUGCAUUAUUUAGUCUGCUGGUUUUGGGGUUCAGUGAGAGUCUGGGAAGGGGGGGGGGGGGCAGUGUACUGUUCAUGAGUCUGAUAUUAGAGGGGCGGGAGGUUUUAGUCCUGAUGGACCCCAGCUUCCUGCCAGAGGGGAGGGCCUCAAAAAGUCCAUGUCCGGGGUGAGAGAGGUCGACUGCAAUUUUACCUGCAUGCCUCAGAGCCCUGGAGGUUUACAGGUCAUGGAGAGAUGCCUGCAUUGUUACACAGAUUGUUAUUAGUUUGUGAUGAGUUUCAGAUGAAGCUGUUUGCUGAUGUUUGGCUUCUUUUAGGGCAGGAGUCCUUGAUCACAAAUCUGUUCUUUAGUGCUUUCAUUUGUAAAAGGCUGCUUGUAUUGCAAUCACAAUGUUGAUUUUUCUCAUUAAAAUCUUAUUUAAACAUG